UUACCAGGGAAAAUUGAAUAUGGCGCCCAAAACAAAAGAAGAGUCCAGGUUCGGAAUGGAGUCGUAAUUGACUUCUAGAACACAAGACCAAUUCUACAGCCUUUUGGUGACUUUUAUAAGAACAUGGAUGGAAUUUAUGAAGUUUCGUUGUCAGAGAAAGUCAAAUCCUUAGAAGAAGAUCUCAAAAAGGAGUUGAAGGAAUUACAAAAUGAAGUCGAAGAGGGAAAUUUUCUGAGCUCAGUACCAAAGGCAUUCGGGUCUGUCCCUUUACCAAAGGAUGUUGAUCAUUUUAAGAGGGAGAGGAAGUUGGCCAUUAGCAAGAGUCUUCAGGUGCAUGAGGCUAAACCCUUGAUAAUACAGUCAGAUGUAAUGCAUGAAGAGAUGACCAGCUGUUGUCAAGUGGAAUAUACUGCAAAAAGCAUCCCACUCCUGCUUCAUCAGUUUUUUGUGGACAGGAUAGAACACUUAGUUCAGUGCAAACAUAUGCACAUGCUACGAUGGGCUCGCUUCUGUGAACACACAAAAGCCAUUGAAAACCUUUAUCCUAUAUACCAGAAAAGGCUCAGUUAUAUCAUGGAGGAAUAUCAAGACUGCCUAAAACGAGCAAGGCGAUUGGCUGUGGCAUGUGAAGCAACACUUGCUGGAAGUGAUUCAGCAAUGAGUGUAGUCACAAUGGAAGACUUGUUGAUUUACACUCGCUGGUUAAUCUGUAUGCUGCAUUCAGUCAAGGCUAUGCAUGCAUUCAUCAGGACGAUUGAAUGGCUUCCCUUGACACACAAGAACAGCAUUCAGCCUCAAGUCAGUGAAAAAGAAGAAAAACCACCAGAGCAAGAACGUAAACAGUCAAUGGCCCCACCCUCCAAAGCACGAGGCCAGCUGAAAAAGAUCCUCAGUCAAGUAUCAAUCACUGCACAUCUUCAUAUCUUGAGGCCGCAACCUACACCUGAUGCAAGUCUUCCACCUCCUCCUCCACUCAGUUUGUCCCCAUAUCAAUUGGUGUCAGGGACGAAUCCUUCUAUUGCAGCAGCUGCUGCUGCUUCUGGUGGUGGAUUGGCUUCAGACGAAAUAAACUUGAAGUUGCCCCUGCACGAGACGUCUUUUGUCACCAUAAAGGCAUUGUUGGAAUUCUUGAUGACCUGUUAUGCUGUUGAAAUGGAUAUAAAUCAAAUAAACACACAUGCAGAUGAAAUGGAUCUUUUUACAAUGGUCUCAAGGAGGUUCAAAAAGGUGUUUUCAAAGCAAGAGCAGAUGAAGACUUUCCCUAUAUACGAUGCAUCAAUUGAGGAGUUUGGAGAUUCCAAAAUAAGAAGCGAAGGGGCCUUGCACACGUUCAAACAGCAGUCCAACUGGACUUCAUUCAAUCUUCUAAGACCAGAACAGACAUCAACUCAAGUAAAAGCCAUGACAAAGCUUAGACAGAAAGGAAAUAUUGACGAGUUGCUAAGGGCUCAUUCACGCUUUCUUCACGUUCAAGACGGUCAGAGGGUACUGUCCUCGUUAAAGGAACAUGCUAAGGCGGUGUUGGACCCGCCUAAACCUCACCCAGCAUCCGUGACAACUUACCGUACUCAGAAUGACACAGCUGCAGUGUGGAAGCGUAUUUUCAGUUAUGCCUCAGUAAGUUUGAGUUCCAAGGAUGAUGUUCUUGAGUUCGACACUAAAAUCAGUGAAGAUGACAUGGGUGGAAACAGUAAUUCCACUGGCGAGUUUGAUCUUGGCACAGCAGUUGAGUUGCUUGGUUUGGAUGAUGAUGACGCCAAGACUCAGGCCAGUAGAUUACAAGGGGCCUACAUGUCCUUUCUGCUACUCCGGCACCUCAGGCUCCGGGAUCUACAGAGAUCGUGCCUUGGUUUGCUAAACUACUUCAGAUCAACUGAGAGAACUUUGACGAUAAAUGACUGUGGUUUGUCUUUGGAAGGAGGAAAACAAAAGCCUUCCAAACAUCAGGUAUUUCAUGGCGGAGGAAUUGCAGGCGUUGGAUCUCAUCAGUAUAUUCAUAACACUCCAGCCGAUUACAGGGUUGAACAGUCAGAAUUCAUGGAAUUUUCGGAGGUCGAGAAUCAUGACGACUUCUUCACAACAGAGGAAGGACGAGUUCACAUUCAGGACCAGCGAGGCUACUAUAUUUUAUACGACUCUACACUGUCAGACUUUAAGGAACUGGAGACCGAACUUUUGUUAGUGGCGACUCACUUUAUUCAGAAAGACAAAGAUUUAAGACUGCCUAAAACUCUUAAGUUUCAGGGAGAUCACAUCGAUCUGGCAGCUUAUGGACAUCAGCAGGUAGACAGGUUUGCUGUCCUUCUGGACUUGUGGACAAAUGAAGCGGCAUAUUUGGAAAACAAAAGACAGCUUUUGGACUGUUAUCUGGAGGCUUAUCAUCAUGUUUUUGACCCAAAAGAAAAGAAACGGCUCGCUCAGAUAAUGGUGAAUGUAAUGCACGCACGGCCACGAUAUGAUUUUUCUGCUGACUACUUCGUCAAGAUCUACCGCGCUGAGUGUGUCAACCUCCGGCUUCACUGCAACUUAAUCAAAUCAGUCCUUGACAAACAGAUUGACGACGAGCGAGAGUAUAUUCAAAAAGUUUGCAGGGAAGAUAACCCUGCAUUGUUUGGUCUUCCUCAUCGCAUCAUCCCACAGCAGCAUAUAGCAGUAAACACAAGUCGACCCGCCCUAAGAUAUGUGUACAUGUUAGAGUUCCAUCCAUCACUCGGUCUUGCCAGCAGGGUAUCAGAAUCACUACAGAAUGCUUUAAAGAUGUUCAUUCAGUUGCACAAACCGAAAAGCACUGGAGAGAUUAUCUCCCUGGAACGUCGCUUAUAUGAAGUAGUGCAAAAGGAAUGGGACAGUCAAGAACCAACCGGCCACUCAUUUGCACAGCAGACGCAGAAAGAUCUCUUUUCAGAGGUGUUUGUGGAGGAUCCCAUCUUUGUCUGUGAAGUGGCCCAGUCUCUUGUGAACCAAGCUUCGAAUUCCAUGAAAGGAGGACGCAAGUCUGUCAAAGAGAAACAAAAGAUUCUCACAGAGACCUGGUCAAAGCUGCUGGAGGUUGUAACUUUACGGCACAGGCUUAUAACUGCUGCCCAGGAGACAGAUGUAGUGACAAAGGCUUACAAACGGCAGGCUAAAGAGAUUGGUUUUGAUGAGUACCAUGCGUUCCUUCGCGCGGUGUCCUUCGACUUUGCGCAAGCAAAACCAGAUGCUGAGAUACAAAAUGUACUUAUUACUGUCGUGCAAGAGGAUGACAGCAGGGUUGACAGAUAUACACCAGCUUACACUCCUUUGGCCAUUCAAGAAUUGGAUGAAAAGCAUUUAGGAACGUUUAGCUUCCGCACAAGAGAAGGAUUGUUACAGAUUAUGUCUGGAACAGGUGUGGAGAAGUUGCAAACGAUCCUAAUGGCCCAGGUUGUGCACAAGAAUCUCAUCAUUUCAUCCAUUCUUCAACUCGACAGCUGUUCAAAGAUUAUCACAGCUGCGAAAGCAAAAGCAGCUGAAACUGAGAAAAGUGCUGGGUUGUCCCCAGGCUCCUCGCAUGACACAUCCCUCACCAGUCGUGCCAGUUCAGCCGAGGGAGCACCAGCCCACCUCGCGUCAUUCUCGACCAAGAGACUUGAUCGAGAAUUUGAACGCAAGCUACAGGAAGUGUUUGUCUCUGUGCAGUUGGAGAAGACAUUUUUGAGGGACAAAAUGCUGAACGAUUACAUCCACAAGAAGGAACAAAUGGGAACAGUGAUGAAAAACAUCGAUGAAGUUAUCAAGUUGAAACGAAAGCUAGUCACGGAUUUCUGUGAGAACCUGCACAAGAGGGUAUCCCAGUAUUCUUUGCAAUCUCAGAUGAUUGCUUACUGCGCUAGUUUGCUGAAUCUAAUGGCGGAUUUUCCAACGACAAGAGAUGCUCAUUUUGUUAUUGGUGAAGAAGACGAGAAGAAGACUGAAGAAGAUGACAAAGUAAUUUCCGAUCCAAAGCAUUUUAAGCCUCGACCUCGCAGAUUGUUGUCUUCUGACGGGAAAAGCGUGUUAAAUCUUUGGUUCAUUCCUCACUACACCGAGAUUCUAAAAAUGUUUCCCAAAAUGAAAGGAGCCCAAAGAAACGCUGCUCUCAAAGUUAUGCUGCAACUUAUUUCAUCACUUCACGACAUCUGUCAGUAUCUGUGUGCGCAUGCUCGACUUGGUAGCUCUCAUGCCCGAUUGGGAUCGCAGAAGCUUGAGUUUUCAGGGGUAACCGCUGACUGGGGAGGCACUGAGGGCAUUGGUGCUGAGUUACGAGAGAUUCAGAAACAGAUCAACCAUCUAGAAAAACCACAUGACCCUCAAGAGGUUGCAGACUUUCUGGCCAAGCGCCGAGAUAAUAUGUUCCUGGAGUUUGAUAUUUCCAUCAGCCACUCGGUUAGAGACACGUUCCUGUCGACUGGAAACGAGGCUGCCUACAGGAGCAUUACAGAAAACAUGCAGUUUGCUCUUCAGAACCUGAGCAACCUUCCAAGACCGUCUAUAUACAGUGCUCAGAUUUCAUUGCCGGAGCCUCUAGAAGGAAAGGAAGUACUCGCACGAAACCUAUAUCCAUGGAGAUCGUUUCUAGAACGGUACGGGCCAUUUCCGAUGAUGUAUUGGUCUUGGGACCUUAUCGGAGAAAACAUGCAGCUUUGUUUAGCUGGCUUGCGCGACGUCGACAGGCAUGUCGUCAAUGGUGAAAUCCUCGGCGUCUCGUUGCUUCUUGAAGACGUCCUUCAGAAUGGCCUCCCAGAAUUCUUCUCCCAACAGCCAGAUGACUCGGCUCUCUCAGCUUCCACUGGACAGCGUUCCCGACCGAGCACGAGUACUUCCCGAAGACCUCCGAGCCGUCACAGCGACAAACGCGACAGCCAUGGAGAUAACGGUGUCGAGAUCGCUGUUCCAGUGGAGACUGGGCCUUACGGAGAUAUUCCCAAGGGGUCGGUAUCGUUCAGUACCAAUCCCCAAGCGGCCGUCAGGCUGAUCAAUUUGUUUUUGCUUGUGUGCUCGCGACUGGAACUUCUGAAAGUUGACUGGGGCUGUAGAAAACUAGGCGUUAACGAGAUAUCAACGUCUAAACUUUACAGAACUAUGUGCAAAGUUUACAAGAUCGAAAUUCUGCAACCAGUUUAUCAACAAGUCGCUGUUAAAAUGGGUCAGGGCCAAGAGUAUGCAGCCCUUGGUGCGCUUGUAAACGACGAUGAACCUCUGUCCUCUCCCCCUGGAUCGACCGAAAUGGAACUGAAAGUCAAACAGCUUAUUCGACUGUUAGAGAACUUAGAGUGCACCAUGAUCUAUGACGUCAUCAGAAGGAUAUCCCGUGAGCACACACUGGUGGUGUCUGAGAGAGGAAGAGAUGACGCAACUCUGCCAACAGACUUGUGGAAAAAACCGGUCAUGAAGGAGAACUGCACUAUAGCCAAACCUCAUCUGGUGGAGAAUUUUGUCCAAGAGCUGAUGGCAGAGCAUACAGAAAAAGACGACAGAGUAACAUUUACAAAGGAUCAUUUGGAAAAAUGCCUCGUUAAACUAGCUUCUGAAACAAUGCUGAGGGAAAGAAAUUGUUUCGAAAGUUAUGCCAUGUACUACGAGAACUUGUUACGUCAUCAACACCAGUUGUUAUACAUGAAGGAACAGGAGAUUAAACAGCAUAAAGAUACAAUAGAAGCUAACAGCUCGGCAACCAUCGUUGACGUCCACUGUCAGUUAGCGGAUCGAAGUCACGAACAACUCCUUGAAAUCACUGCUCUUCGAGCUAAGAUUGCCGAGAUGCGGGAAUCUCUCAUGAAUCAAGAAAAGGAACUUCGGGAACGAAUAAAGAGUGACUUUGCCUUCCUAGUACAAGAAUUAUUCUCCAAUUGUUUUUCAAUGAAGAGCCGCUUUGAAGAAUUCAGGUAAUUUUUUAUCUUUUAGCAGGAUUGUAAGGAGGCGCGGUGACCUCGCGGUUAGUGCGCGGGUCUCCGGA